AUGGCGACAAGAAUCCCGUACGCAGACAAGGGUAAAGGGAUUGCUUACCCGACUGACUCCAGCCAACGGAAGCAAAUAAGAGCUCCGGAACUGGACACCUCAGACCUGGUCAAAGACAAUGCGCUCACGCUCAUAGGGCGACUGACAAAUCCAAGGGAACAGAAACUACGUGCUAUGUUCUCGUUCUUCACAGAUCGCUGGGAACUGAAGAGUAGCUUUGAAGGGUCGGACCUGGGAUACGACUGCUUUCAACUUAGAUUCAACCUACAGGAAGAUCUACACAAAGUCCUAGAGAAUAGACCAUACCAGUUUGGAAAAUGGAUGGUGGUCCUCCAAAAAUGGGAACCGAUAAUUUCCACAAGCUUCCCAUCCCAGAUCCCUCUCUGGGUGCGAAUCAAAGGGCUCCCGCUCCACUUCUGGAAGAAAGAGCUUCUCUGCGACAUCGGUAGGGAACUAGGAACCUUCCUAGGAUACGAAAUCACCAAACUUGAAGCCAAGAUCCAUGUCUCCAUAGACGCACUAGCCCCCAUCGUAAAGGAAACAGUAGUGGAAUUUGCAUCGAGGGACGAAACCCUAGUAACGCUGGAAUAUGAAAGACUGGAUUUCCACUGCUCUAUUUGCAACAAGCUAACACAUGCUUCAAGAGAGUGUGGAGAAAAAGCUACUGGACCUACAGAAAGGGCUGACCUCAAUCAAAGAAACAUCACCAAACCGCAGCAAAAUCAAGAUGGAGGAAGAGGAAACAGAGAGAGUAGAGGCGACAGAGAAAGGUCACCUGACUUUAGUCAUCGGAGGGAUCGACAUGGCAGAGCGUACGGAAGUCGGGUCCAGUACAGCAACCGGGGGAGUGAAAAAAGUAGAGAAAGGUCCAUUGAGUCAAGCACAAACCGUAGCUACAGAACGACCAGAGAUACUCAAGAGAGACGCAGAGAAUACCCAAACCGGGAGGUUGAGACCUCCAACGGAACGGGAAGAGAUAUGCGCAACUACCUACAAGACAGGAGAGAGUCAACUGGUCGGAGACACCUCCCUGAACUACAAUGGAGAGAGAAACCCGGAAGCAGACAUCCAAGAGAGGAAAGCUUACCAGUGGUAGCGGAGAACUCUAUAUUCAGGACGCCAACAAGAGAAAUAGGAGAGGAGGUACAGCGAACCACCUCAAUCCCCACCACGGAAGAGGUGAUGGAAGACUUACAGGACGUGACUAUCCAGUAUGCAAACUGUUCUGACCCCAUUGAAAGAGCUGCAAGAUUAAGAAGAAUACUCCAAUCAGAAGAGCAAGGGCUGAUGGCUACAACUGCGGCACAAAUAGUAGCUACAGCGACUGAGAACUAUUACCGGACACUCCAGUACGAUCAGGAGGAACAGCCACCUCCAAGAGUGGACCUGGCUGAGGUCUUAACGGAAGUUGUAACGGAGAUGGUACCGGAAUCACAGAACGUCCCGAAGAAAAGAAGAGGCCGACCCUCAAAGAACAAGAGGACCAGUCCCAUGAUUGGAACAAGCCUGAAAGCGAGAAGAUUCACAUCAAUCAAUGGAGGUACAUCAAAGGGUGCGGGACCGUCUAACAGAAAUGGAAUGGCAACAAAGAAAAAAACAGAAAGAGGGAAGCGUCACAAACCCUGUGGGUACGAUCGUACCAGCUAUCUCAAGAACAACGGUGGAUUUUUGGCAUCCACCAAGUUCAAUUCCUUAAAAAUAGCGAGCUGGAACUGUUGUGGGCUGGGAAAUCCCAUGAUAGUCCAGCGACUGGGAGGAAUACGCUCAAGUAUUCGCCCUGACAUCCUAUUCCUCAUGGAAACAAAGAAUCCCGAUGACUUUGUCCUACAAACCCUACAAUGCGAAGAGUAUGAGGCACAUGUACUAGUCUCACCCCACAACCCUGGUGGAGGAGGUCUAGCCCUAUUCUGGAAAAAAAGAUUUGGAGGUUGA